UAAAUUUCGAGGACGGUUUCAUUGUUGUACCCGUCUCCCAAGCUAACCUAUACGUUCUUCGGGAACUAGCUACGUUCAUAACCAUCAGCCAAAAUGUUGAAACCAUCAUUUAAUCAGAUAAACAGUUUAGUAUCUAGGAAUUUUUUGCAUUUAAAAGGAUUUGUUGGCUUACGCUUCAUUACUACGAAAGGUGAUUUAAAGCGAGUCGAUCGUGAAGGCGAAACAGAAGAAUCAUUACGAGCAAGACUAAAGUACCAAUCGAGGAAAAGAGGAAUUUUGGAGACUGAUCUUCUUCUCUCAAAUUUUGCUAAAACAAGGCUAGAUAAGUAUGGCGUUUCUGAUCUCCAGGAAUACGACCGUCUCCUUGAUGAACCCGAUUGGGAUAUUUUGUACUGGUCUUCCGGUGAACGUGUAGUACCUGAGCAAUGGAGAGACAGUAAAGUACUGAAGGAACUAAGCGUUUAUUGUCGCAGCCAAAGAGAUCAUACAUUACGAAUGCCCGAUUUGUUUUAAAAAUAAAUGUUCAUUUCAUUAAAGAAUACCUCUAGGGAAGCAUCUAGUACCAAUAUACCAUUUUUUGACCUCAGAUCUUCUUUUUUUUUUUUUUUGGUUUCCAGAUUGUACCAUAAUAUAAAUUAUACCUUAAUCCUCAAAAAAAAUAAAAUAACAAAGAAACAGAAAUUACCAUGCGGCGCUUUCACGUAAAUUUUGAAUUUCCUUGACUUCCUUCGGUGCAUCUUUGGUUAGUACUAUAGGCUCUUGUUCUCCCACUAGGAUACUAUCUUCAAUGCGAAUAGCAAUUCCCUGCGCCCAUUUUGGCCAACGGUUAUUGACAGGAACAUAAAUUCCAGGCUCAAUGGUCACCUGACGAUGUUAGAAAAAAGAAUGAAAGCUAAUUAGGUCCGCACAUACGAUCUGGUUUUUCUUCAAAGGUGAAAAACUGUUGUUUGAAAAGCAAUCGUGAAUUUCUAAGCCAAUUUCAUGACCAAUGGAAUGCGGAUAUAAAACGUCCUCAAUUUCCUGAAUUCCGUUAGCUUUUUUCUAGAAAGAACUUUUAAUUUUGUUAUAUUACCGAUUUGGAACCGUAUAUGCCAAUUUGCUUUAACUCCUCUUUCAACAAGACAGCACUUUCGUAGUGGAUUCUCGCCAAGCUCAAUCCUGAACUGCUAGUACACAAAUCUAUGCACUUCUUUUGUACGUUCAAAACAGCUUGGUAAAGAUCUCGUUGGGCUGGAGUAAACCCUCUUCCAGUCGGCCAAGUUCGAGAGAUAUCCGUAACAUAUCCUCCGUAUUCCUGAAAAGUUAGAAUAUCUAACAUGUACAAAGAUACAUACACCACCAGCAUCUACUAGCACCAUAUCAUUUUGUUGGAAAGCAUCAUCGUUUGAUGUAUAGUGAAUACAGAGUCCAUUCUGUGCUGGGUUAGAAUAUGUAGGGAUAUAAUGGGAAAAUGAAAUAAAUCUACUAAUAUGGUCCAUAAAAGCAGAGUUAGAAAGAAAACUUACUCUUCCGCCGGCAAUAACAGGCACAUAAGCCGAUCGUUGGCAACCGCCCAUUUUGAAUCUAUAUUCGAGCUCAGCAGCAAGUUGAUUUUCUUCAUAAAAGUCUUUCGCCAUAACUUCCUUGUAUGCAUCUCCGCUUAUAUUUGCUGCGUGUUGCAAACAUGCUAUCUCACUUUCACUUUUAAUUGUUCUCAACGGAUGCAGAAGCUCAUUAGCUGAUCUAAACGGUUUUUUUUCCUGCAAUUCCCGAAUUUUAUCGCGAACAACGUCUGGAGAAGAAGCUACGGGAUCUUUAUAAGGAUAACCUCUUUGUGUAUUGUAGAAUACCCGUUUGCAUCUGUUACCAAAUUCUUCAAUCACAAACGGAGCUUCCCAAUUUUCUUGGAUCUACAAAAGUUCGGUUAAUAUCGGCUUUUUCAAAAAAAUAAAAAUAAAAAAUAAAAAAAAUUCUACAUACAUUUUCAAUAUGGAACAAAAUCUUUCCAUUUUCAAUGCCUGUGCGAAAGCCCUCCCAUUUUUCCGCAUAUGAAGUUUUAGGUGGAAGGAAAAAAGCAAGCUUAUAAUUUUCAAACAUAUCUUUUUCUUUGACUAUUAAAAAUUAAUAAAAACGAAGCUAUCCUUGUUCCUGCGUACGUAUAAGAAGGAUAGAAUCAGGUUCCAAGCAACCUUUGAGAUGUUAGCAAACUAAAACCAAUUGAGAGGGCUUUACCGGUUAGAUAGUAGCUAAAGCAUUGUUAACAUAUAUGUCAAUAAAAGGAUAGCUUACAAGUUUGGGUCUUGGU